UGCGCAGUGGGACGCUCGGGCGGGCAGUGCGGCGCCGAGGCCCGGAGCGGAGGGCAGCGAUGGAGCAGGGCUAUGGCGGUUAUGGCACUUGGAAUACUGGAGCCACCAACACUCAAGGUACCUAUGGGACGAAUGCGACGAGCUGGCAAGGCUAUGAGGGCUACGACUACUACAACACCCAAACCACAGCCGCCAACACCGCAGCCUCAUACAACUAUGCUCCUGCCAGCUCCAGCAGCUGGGAAACCCACAAGGCUUCGGAUCUGAGCCUCAAUGCUGAUGUGGGCUCCUCCAUGCACAUCAGCUCCUAUGGCACCGAGCACUCCACCAACGAGAACUCGGAUUCCAUCAUCGCCAAGAUCAACCAGCGCCUGGAUAUGCUGUCGAAGGAGGGCAGUGGUGGCACAGGGGAUGGGUUGGAAGACCAGGAGAGCUCCUUCAGAUACGAGUCCUUCGACUCCUACGACUCCAGGUCCUCCAUGAACGACCGGGACAUGUACCGGCCUGGCUACGACUACGGCGACGUCGGCACCGACCGCGGCGAUUCCUUCGGGAGCCAGUUUGAGCGCAGGGAUCAGUCCCGCAACAGAGGGAACAACUAUGGGCUGAUGAGGGGCCGGGCUCAGAACCGCGUCCAGAACCGCGGCCGCCUCAACGCCUUCAACCGCAGCGACCACUUCAUGCCCUCGUCCAGCUCCGAGCGCCUCUCGGCCCGGUGGAAUGAGCUGAACUACAUGGGAGGGCGUGGGAUGGGGGGGGCCGGAUCCAACAGGCUCCCUUCCCUCUUCUCCCAAGCCCUGGUUCCCGAGUAUGGUGACUAUGGAGAUUAUGGUGACUAUGGAGAUUACGGCGACUACGGCGACUAUGGAGAUUAUGGUGACUAUGGUGACUACGGAGACUAUGACUAUGGCAUGAUGGGGAUGUCAGGCAUGGGAAUGGGACGGUAUGGGAAUAUGCCGUAUGGAAUGGGGAGGCAACGGAACAGAGACAGGAUGGGGUCGGUGCCCUGGCACAUGAACACGCUCAUGCCCAAGAGAAGAGGCUUCCGGAACCGUUCUGGAGGGCGGUCGGAUGGAGAGGGGGGAGGCCGCAAGAGGAAACAGUCACAGAGCGGGGACGAGCCCGAGAGCAAACAGGCAAAGACUGACAGUGAAGGAGAUGACACCGACAAUGCAGAUGAGGGAGAAGGAGAGGAAAAGUCGGGAGAUGAAGCAGACAAAGCAUCAGGAGAUGGCUGCGAGGAUGAUGAUGAGGAGAUGAAGAAGAAGAGGGAGAAGCAGAGGAGAAGAGACCGGAUGCGUGAUCGUGCUAUGGACAGGAUCCAGUUUGCCUGUUCUGUCUGCAAGUUCCGCAGCUUUGAGGAAGAGGAGAUCCAGAAGCAUCUCCAGAGCAAGUUCCACAAGGAGACCUUGAGGUUCAUUGGUACCAAGCUCCCGGAUAAAACAGUCGAGUUCCUGCAGGAAUACAUCAUCAACAGGAACAAGAAGAUCGAGAAGAGGCGUCAGGAGCUGACUGAGAAGGAGGGCACAAAGCAGAAGCCAGAUCCUUUUAAGGGCAUUGGCCAGGAGCACUUCUUCAAGAAGAUCGAGGCCGCUCACUGCAUGGCCUGUGACAUGUUAAUUCCUGCCCAGAACCACCUCCUGCAGAGGCACCUGAGAUCUGCUGAUCACAACAGGAACCGCAGGAUGGCUGCAGAGCAGUUCAAGAAAACCAGUUUACACGUGGCCAAGAGUGUCCUGAAUAACAAACACAUCGUCAAGAUGCUGGAGAAAUACCUCAAGGGUCUGCAGGCACGGCCACAUCUCCCCAUGGGCAACGGCAUCAAAGGCUGCCGGCAGAUCUAAAUGACUCCCGGGCUCCUGGCCAGCGGCAGGAGGAGAUCUUCGGAGCCAUCCCAGCACGGUCUCCGUGUCAUUCCCAGGUGCAAAACCAGGCUGAAAAGGGGUGGAGGAAAAUCUGAGGAUUGCAGGUAAUGCCAAGAGCCGCCUUCGCCAUAAAACCAACCCCAUGCUCUCGGCACAAGCUCCUGCCCAGGGGGCCAGACUUAAACUCAAGACUUGGGGCCGCAUCAAGAGAUGAGUUCUUGACCAUCGGCCUAAAGAUUCCUCCUCCGGGAUGGCGGGACAUCCUCGCCUUCCCCAUGGGGAGGCCGGGAGAGCCUCCACCACGAGUGGACUUCACACAGCCCCUGUCCCGGUAGGGCUGAGCGGCGAUAACGGACGUUGGGGUCCAGAUCGCGAGGUUGAGGGUUGCUUUUCCUCCCCUUCCGUAGCUCCAUAGGGCUCCGCACCACAUUCCUCAGCCAGGGAAGAGGAACGGUGAGGUUGCUCCUCCAUCUGCAUGGAUCUUCUCGCGUGGAGGCUCAAUGUGAUCCAAGGGGAUCUUAACCCCAGGGUGGGGUUGUGGGAGGGGGAAAGGAGGAAGGAUCCAGAGAGGUUUUUCCUCCUAUCCGGAAAACGAAGCCCUCUCCCUGCCCCAGGGCAGUGGAUCCGGUCACUGUGAGGUUUGUGUUUUCCCUGAGCCACACAAAAAUAGGGAAUUUCAGGGAUUUGCCCUCGGAUUUGCAGCCUGGGGCAGCUCCUCUCUGGCAAGGUCAUGCUUAUAGAGCAACAGCAUCCCUCCUUCGAGCUGCACCUCUGGGAAUGUGAGCAGAGCCCCCGAUGUCCGGGCUGGGAUCCGCUGUCGGCUUCCAUAAAGGUAACGAGGUGACAAUUCCAACCUAAAAUCCAACCAAAAACGCCCCCGAAUCCCCAAAUCUGGAGGGUUUUGGGGUCCCCGCGAGGUCGCAUCUGGAUCCCUCAUCUCUCCCGACGCACUAAAAGGGGCUGGAAACCUGGAGGCGCCGCCGCAAUUCCCACCGCCCGGCAGCAGCUCUGAGCCGGGGCCAGGGGGUUGAGGAAUUCCCUUUGGAUUUGAUCCGUCUUCGCUUCCAUCCCAGAUUCCUCCUGGGUGAGGAGCUGUAGCGCAGGGUCCGUCCCCGGUGCCCACGGUGCCCUGUGGCCCUAUCAUGUUUCACUGGCUCUUUUCCACUCCUUCCAGGUGUGGGAUCAUUUGUUUUCCCUGCAAAUCCUUUGGGAUUUUCCAUGAUGGAGAUCUUUAAUUACCGUUUCCACCAUGCCGCCGCCGAUUGCCACUCGCUAUAAACUCCUGUCCCGUGUGUUCCCAAUGGAGAUUCCCAUUGCUCCCUGACUCCUUGUGUCUCUCCCUUU